AUGUCACUUAUUAAUUGUGGUUUAAUUUAUGAACUACCCUAUAUAGUGAAUACUGGUUCAGCACAAUCUGAAGGCUCUUUACCUUGUCCCGCACUUUAUCCAAUGCAUUAUAUUUCUAGGAUUCGUGAUCCAGUUCAUAUUGCAGUUGAAAUAGGUGGUGAUUCUCUCAUUCGUCUAAAAAAAAUUCUCAGUAAUUGGUUGGAUGAAGAACAAAAAUUGGUACAUAUCAAAAAUAAUAAAGAAAAUUUUGAUCCCGACCAAGUUAACAAUCUAAAGGAUGACCUUCAGUUAAACUUGGGUGAAAAAAUGAAUUUGGAAAAUUCGGAUAUUUUAUUCUUAGCUUCAUCAUUUACUCAAUUGAGUAGUUUACAUUAUUCUCAUUUGAAACGUCCAAAUAAUAGGUAUCCUCAAGAAUUUAUUAUAAAAAUUCUUGAAACUGCCAAUAUUAUGAAAUUAACUUUACGUCAUUUAAGUUCUAAACAAGUUAAAUCAAUAUUUGAUAAUUUUGAUGAAUUAAGAAUAUUUUCAUUUAGUUGUGGAAAAAAUAUACCAGAAUCACUUGAAACUAUUGAAAUUAGAAUAGUUUAUGACUUUCAAUGGAACUUCAGUGCUGAUAGUUUAAGGAAAUUUUUUGAAGGAUGGA